GUUUGCCGUCCACAUUGGCGAUAGAUUUAGGUCAAGUUAAGUUUUCACAUCGAUGACAAUUAUCAGCAAAAGUAAGUGGUCAGUAGUAAGCUAAAACGCAUGCACUGUUACAUCACAUAAGUUAUGCCUCAUGGUGCUCAUGGUACUCACACAUGUUCUAUACCUUUAAAUUAUUGCAGUUAAGUUAACCUAUUUAAUAUAACAAAGUUAAAAAAUCAAGCUAUAAAGUUUAUUGUUUGAAAUAUAUAACAUCGAAAAAAAGUAUUAUUGUCAAUAUUUAUUUAACAAUAAUAAUUUGGAAAGAAAUUUCAGUAAAAAUUUGAGUAGCACGUUUGUGAUAAACGUAGCAAAUUACAAAUAGUUAAAAAUGAAGAGAGUAUUAAGCGACUCACGCACUGCUGUUUAUCGAAGGAGCAAAAGAAAAUUAUUAAAUUUAUUAACUGCUGUUUCACCGAGUGAGUGUCCACCUAUUCCACAAAGCUAUUUCCCGCAUGAAAAUGAUAACCACGAUGAUAAUUGUGAUGAGCAUAAUAAUCAUGACAACCAUGAUGAUAAUAAUGUAGCUGAUAACGAUGAUGAUGACGUUACUGAUAAUGAUGAUGAUGACGUUGCUGAUAGUGAUGAUGAUGACGUUGCUGAUGACAAUGAUAAUGACGAUACUGAUAAUUCUGAUAACGCCGAUAAUGACUUAGAAUGUGAUGAUAAUGAUAUUGAAGUUUGCGGUAAUGAUGAUGUCGAUAUUGAUGGUGAUGAUAAUAAUCAUGACAAUGUUGAUAAUGAUGAUGAUGAUGAUGAUGAUGAUGAUGAUGAUGAUGAUGAUGAUGAUGAUGAUGAUGAUGAUGAUGAUGAUGAUGAUGAUGAUGAUAAUAAUCGUAAUGAUGGUAGUGGUAAUAAUCAAAGUAACGAAGAUAAUGAAAAUGUUCACGUUCCAUUCGUUAGUGUCAACAAUAUACCCGAUCGUAAUGUUCCCUUAAUUGCGAAACGCGACAUGUAUGUCAAAGAUCAUUUACUAUCUGUGAUUGCAAUGUCGGUUAGACAUCAUUUAACUUUUGAGGCAACUCUUGAUCAAUUAAAGUGGCUUAAAUCGAUGUAUUUUUGUAAUUCAAUACCAACAAAUAAAGAACAGUUUUGGAAGUGUCUCGGCCGAAAUGAUGAUUGUUUAACACGUCACUACUAUUGCCGAAAAUGUCGUGGAUAUUUAGGAGAAAAGUGUAAAGAAACUGGCAAAUUAUUAAAGGAAUGUCCUUGUAAAGCCUGUGGACCAGAUGAUAAACUAGAAUCUGAUUUAUGUUACUUCAUAUAUAUUAGCUUAACAACACAAAUCAGAGAACUAUUAUCUAUACCAGGCAUUAGUGAAUCAUUAAAAUAUCGAUUCCACAGAAUAAAAAAACAUCCAGAUGCUUAUGAAGAUAUAUAUGAUGGACAAGAAUAUAGAUCUUUGUGUUCGGCUGGAAAAUUUUUAGAAACAUGGUACAAUUUCUCUUUCACAAUCAAUACUGAUGGUUGUCAAACGGCUAAAUCGUCAAAUUGUAGUGCAUGGCCAGUUUAUGCAGAAAUCAACGAACUACCUCCGCAUAUGCGAAAAAAACAUAUGCUUCUUGCAGCGGUUUACGUCGACAUGCAGCAUCCGUUAAUGACAAAUUUUUUAAGACCGUUUACAGCUGAAAUGCAAGAACUAUAUAUUACUGGUAUUAAAUGGAAGCCUUCUGAUACAUCAGAGGUCACAUCGAAAUUUAUAGUAACCACGUGUAGUCUCGAUGCUCCGGCUCGAGCGUCAGUAACUGGCAUGAUACAAUAUAAUGGAAGAAAUGGAUGCUUAUGGUGUUAUGCUAGUGGUAAAAGCUUAGGACCUGGUAGAUUUGUGUAUCCUUUAAGUCAAUGUUAUAAGAAGGAACGGACUGAUGCAGAGCUUCGUGAUGAUAUGACUCAUGUUUGUAAGACCGGAGAGAUGAAGCAUGGAGUAAAAAAUAUUUCACCUUUAGUGGCUUUACCAUCAUUUGAUAUAUGCAAAGGAGUUGUUGUUGAAGCAAUGCAUGCUGUCUUCCUCGGAGUAAUUCAGCGGCAUACUCGAAUACUUUUAACAAAAUCAAAAAUUAAGAAAAAGAAACAGCCAUAUUACAUUGGAGGUCCUACCAAAAAGAAAUUAAUAGAUAAGUUUUUAUUAGGUAUUAAACCUCCAUCAUGUCGGUCACGAAAACCAAGGCCUAUAUCUACUUAUCCAAAAUGGAAAGCAUCGGAAUGGAGAAAUUGGUUGGAUUAUGCUCCGAUAUGCUUGCAGAAAGUAUUGCCUGUGAAAUACGUCAAUCACUUGGCACUUUUAUCAGAAGCUAUCCACUAUCUAAAUAGUGAUUCUAUAACACCAGCAAAUUUAGACCGUUGUGAAAUACUGUUGAAAAAAUAUGUAAGACUUUAUCAAAAAUAUUUCGGUAUAGUUAAUAUGACUUCCAAUAUACAUUUACUCACACAUUUAGUGAAAGUUGUACGAAAUUGGGGUCCAAUUUGGGUACAUGAAGCAUUCAUUUUUGAGGCGUGGAAUAAAAAAAUUAUGGACUUUGUAACUAGUUCAUUUGCUCAGACUGACCAAAUUGCAAUACGUUUUCUUCUCCAAAAAUUUUUAAUUACAACUUUGUAUGAUGAAACAGUAUCUUCAGACACUAAAAAAUUUAUUGCUAAGCAAAUUAAAAUACCGAUUGAAAAGGGUAGUAGAAUUAAACAUAGGUUGACUGGGUUAGGAAAACAAAUAACACGUUCACCAACUGAUGAUGAACGCACUGCAUUAAGUCGAGUUGGUUAUAAGCCUAUUAGUAUGAAAUGCUAUAAAAAAAUGAAAUUAAAUGGAGUAAAAUAUGUAUGUGAAUCAAAGAAGGACUUAAAGUUUUGUGACUCUACGAUUUGUGAUGACAAUGGAAUGUUUGGUACUAUAGUUACAGUAGUUCAAUUUGACAAUGGUAAUGAAAUAAUCGGUGGUAUUUUUAUUAAGCGCAUACAGCAUAACAGGUAUGCAUUCAACACUCAAUAUAUUGCUGAAGCAAUUCCUUCAAAUGAUUUGGUAUUUAUUCGGGAAUCUCAAUUUAUUAGACCUGCAGUUCGAAUUUUUAUUGAGGAGAACGUAUAUGUUAUAAAACAAACGAAUUGUUGGGAAACAGAUUGAAAUUAUUUCAUAAUAGAAAUGCAGUUUUCUUCAUUUCCUUAACAGUUAGUUAAUUUUAUAAUACAUAUUGUACUCCAUGAGGAUAUUUGAAUCGCAAGAUUUAUGAAAUCUAAUUUUUUUAAGAAUAAGUCAUUCGUUGGAUAUUAUUAAUUUCGUGAUAUAUUCAGUAUUAAAUGCAUAUUUGAGUAUGUUUGAAGCAUUUUUGA